GCCAGCUGUGCGAGGCCUGAGAAAAGAAACGCCCCGCGAGCAGGGCCACGCGCUAGUUUCCCGGGGCACCGCGCCCAUGGGCAGUCCCUGGAACAGCAGCGACAACCCCGAGGGCGCGCGGGAGCCACCGUGGGCCGCGCUGCCGCCGUGCGACGAGCGCCGCUGCUCGCCCUUCCCCCUGGGGGCACUGGUGCCAGUGACCGCCGUGUGUCUGUGCCUGUUCGCCGUCGGAGUGAGCGGCAACGUGGUGACGGUGCUGCUGAUCGGGCGCUACCGGGACAUGCGGACCACUACCAACUUGUACCUGGGCAGCAUGGCCGUGUCCGACCUGCUCAUCCUGCUGGGGCUCCCCUUCGACCUGUACCGCCUGUGGCGCUCGCGGCCCUGGGUGUUCGGGCCGCUGCUCUGUCGCCUGUCGCUCUACCUGGGCGAGGGCUGCACCUACGCCACGCUGCUGCACAUGACGGCGCUCAGCGUCGAGCGCUACCUUGCCAUCUGUCGCCCGCUCCGCGCCCGCGUCCUGGUCACCCGACGCCGCGUCCGCGCACUCAUCGCCGCGCUCUGGGCGGUGGCGCUGAUCUCCGCCGGCCCUUUCUUCUUUCUGGUGGGCGUCGAGCAGGACCCCCGCAACCGCACAGCCCCGGACUUUAAUGGCACUGUCCAGCCCACCCCUUUGUCUCCCGACUCGCAGAUGCCACUGCCGACCCCGUCGUCGGGGCCCCCGGCCGCGGAGGCCGCGGCGCUGUUCAGCCGCGAGUGCCGGCCGAGCCUGGCGCAGCUGGGCGCGCUGCGCGUCAUGCUGUGGGUCACCACCGCCUACUUCUUCCUGCCUUUCCUGUGCCUGAGUGUCCUCUACGGACUCAUUGGGCGGGAGCUGUGGAGGAUCCGGGGGCCGCUACGAGGCCCUGCGACCUCCGGGCGGGAAAGGGGCCACCGGCAGACGGUCCGCGUCCUGCUGGUGGUGGUUCUGGCAUUUAUAGUGUGCUGGCUGCCUUUCCACGUUGGCAGAAUCAUUUACAUAAACACGGAAGGCUCCCGGAUGAUGUACUUCUCUCAGUACUUCAACAUCGUCGCGCUGCAACUUUUCUAUCUGAGCGCGUCCAUCAACCCAAUCCUCUACAACCUCAUUUCGAAGAAGUAUCGAGCAGCUGCCUGUAAAUUGCUACUCCCGAGACAGUCCAGGCCGAAAGGUUUCUGCAGAAGCAGGGACACUGGAGGGGACAUUACGGGCGACACUCGGGGAGACACAGCGGGCUACACAGAGGCAAGUGCUAACACAAAGACAACGGUCACCAUCUCCCACGGUUCUGGGACAUCAGGGAGAACAGGUCUGUAGAGAAAGACUGAAAGGAGGGAAGGGAUGCUGGGAAGAAGAAUGGAAAAGAGUGGUUAAAUUUUGCAAGUUGGUUAAGAAAUCAUUAGUGUGAUUUAUUUUUAACCAUGGUAUGAGAUGUAACUGGAUCAAUCGUUUCUAAAUUCCCUCUUAUGUACCUAAAGAACACGCAUUUUAGUGUUGUGACAUCCCACAUCAUAAAACGAGCUCUGGAGAGGUUUUGCGAAGUUCUCCUUCUCUUACUCUGUUAAGUAAUACAAGAGAUGCUGCCCUCAAACCGGUGCCUCUGAGACCAGGGGUGCGUUUUGGGCUUUUUUUGCGGGGUGCGGGUAUAAAUAUGAUGAUGCAUCUACAUGGAACUCACUGAGAAAUUAGCUUUUCAUUCUGAGAAAUUAUGUAAUGCCUAUCACAUGGCAGCAAAAAGAAAAAAACAUUUAGAAGCAAGUGGAGGGAAUCUGGGCAAGGCUCCACUUGUGCAAGGUUUUCACCUUUCCCAGGCUUGGAAUAAAAUGUAAGGUUUAGACCCCUCUUUGAGAAACUACCGUGCAUGAACAACUGUGUUGCAACCUGCUUCUUCCUGAGACUUUCCCAGUGUCACAGGCCGUGAGGUGGCCAACCUGGGUCCAAAGCCUGAGGACAAGGAGCAGCAAUAGGACUUGGCUUUCACAGGUGACAACUAGUGGCAUUGGGAAAGAGAUUUAUAAUGCU